GACCCAUGUGGCAGUUUUCCGUACACAUCUGCAUCACUCGGAGGAUAUUUGCCGAAACCUUUCUUAGUCGCAUCAAGAGUGGUGCUUUAUACAAAGUCGAGAAUAUUUGUGUGCGGUCCUGCUACGAAUCUUCUACCUUCGGUUGGGCAGAGAAAGCGGUGUUAUUCAUCAGAGGACAAUGGUUUUGCUGAGUGGCAUGAUUUAGGGCCCAUUGUCUCCCAAGUUCUGACCUAUCUACCAAGUGCUGGGUUGCUGUUUGGCAUUGGAUCGGAUGAGAAAAGUUUGUUGAUGAGUCGCGAUUUUGGCAAAACUUGGGAGGGAAUCAAUAUGUUCGAGUAUGAGAGACACGUGGCGGGAUCUUCAGAUUCAAUCAAUUCAACCACUGCACCAACUAGUGUACUGAAGAGUACUUUCGAUUCCACCAACUUUAUAGGCGCUUGCAGCGCCAACCUGUCAAACGGUUGGUAUGCUUGCUACAAAGGUGUGUACAAGGAAAAUGUGCAACGGGUGGACUGGAGCUCAAGCUGUGAGACUAUUCAACCUUUCCCUUAAUCAUAACUGUCACUCUUCUUGUAAACGAUUAGUUUAAUCAUAA